GAGGAGACAAAUAACUAAUCAAUAAAAAAUGUAAUGUUGAUAAAAACACUUUUACCUGAUUAAGUCUAAAAUGAAAGAGAAGCUCCACAAAUGAAGGACACACUUUAGAAAAGUUUCUAUUGCUCUGUUGCAUAUUCCUGCUAAAGAUGUCAGAAAUUACAAAAAGUUCAAGGCACACACUGUUCAGACAUCAAGAUGUCCAUGAGCAAUAUGUCUUAGUGUUUCUGCCUCCCUUUUUGUUAGCAUUUUAAACAUCUGAUAACUGAAAUCAGUGUUUGUGUCAAAGUAACAGUGGCUCUGUAUCCUAUGUCUAGUUUUAAAUGUUUACAUGAAUUUGAGCUGAAGUGCUCAUCAAUAGUAAAGUCUAUGAAUACAAAAACUUCUCUGUGCGUGUUGUACCCAUCCUACAGUCGGAUGGUAGUGGUACCAUCUUUUCUUCUUCUAAUGGAGCUACUGUAUCUCAUUCAGGUUUGGUCUCACAAAGAGUACCCUCUGAUCCCUGUGGGCAAACUGGUGCUCAAUAGGAACCCAAUGAACUACUUUGCUGAGGUGGAGCAACUCGCCUUCGAUCCCAGCAACAUGCCACCAGGUAUCGAGGCCAGCCCAGACAAGAUGCUGCAGGGCCGUCUCUUCUCCUACCCAGACACGCAUCGACACCGGUUGGGAGCUAACUACCUGCAGCUCCCUGUCAACUGUCCAUUCAGGAGCCGUGUGACCAACUACCAGCGCGAUGGUCCGAUGUGCAUGUUUGACAACCAAGGUGGAGCCCCAAACUACUAUCCCAACAGCUUCAGUGCUCCUGACACCCAGCCUCAGUUUGUGGAGUCCAACUUCAAGGUGUCUCCAGAUGUGAGCCGUUACAACAGUAGAGAUGAGGACAAUGUCGCACAGGUGAAGAAAACAUCCCGAUAUUACAAGCACCAGCCGGUUUACACAAACCGAUUUCACCACCAGGAUGGUUCUUCUUCUCUCCUAAUUUCCUGUAACCAGGAUCGUGACAAGGCUAGAGAUGAUUGGCUUUAUUUUGAAGCUAUCCUGUCUGUUCGGACCUUCUACACCGAGGUGUUAAAUGAGGAGGAGCGGGAGAGGCUUUGCAGUAACAUGGCUGGUGCCCUGAAAGGAGCCCAGCUCUUCAUCCAAAAGCGCAUGGUUGAGAACUUGAAGGCUGUCCAUCCAGACUAUGGAAACCGGGUUCAGAAUCUUCUCAACAAGUUCAAUGAUGAGGCCCAGCAGAACACACCCGUGCAUGUCUACAGCCGUCCAGGAGUCUCGGCCGUCGCCGCAUCUCCAAGAUGUGAUGCCUUAAAUUUCCAGAAGGGGCAGCACCCUCAUGUAUCGCAGAGCAAAUGCACUUCUUGAUUAACAACUGCUACUAAGAGUAACGAGAUUGGA